GCCACCGCCGGCGCCAGCCUCGCGGGACCCCGGGCGGCGCGCCUCCGCUUCCCCCAGCCUCGCGGGUCCCCGGGCGGCUUCGGGAUGAUCGGCCAGAAGACGCUCUACUCCUUCUUCUCCCCGAGCCCCGUCGGGAAGCGACGUGCCCGCAGCCCCGAGCCGGCCGACCCGGGGACCGGCGUGGCGGCCGUAGCUGAGGAGAGCGGGGAUGCAGCGGUCAGCCCCGCCAAGAAGGCCCGGGCGGGGCAGGAGGAGCCCGGCACGCCGCCCUCGUCGCCGCUGAGCCCCGAGCAGUUGGUCCGCAUCCAGAAGAACAAGGCCGCGGCCCUGCUGAGACUCGCGGCUCGCAACGUGCCGGUGGGCUUCGGGGAGAGCUGGAAGAAGCACCUGAGCGGAGAGUUCGGGAAACCGUAUUUUAUUAAGCUAAUGGGAUUUGUUGCAGAAGAAAGAAGACGUUACACUGUUUACCCACCCCCACACCAAGUCUUCACAUGGACCCAAAUGUGCAACAUAAGAGAUGUGAAGGUUGUCAUCCUGGGACAGGAUCCAUAUCAUGGACCCAAUCAAGCUCAUGGGCUCUGCUUUAGUGUGCAAAGACCUGUCCCGCCUCCGCCCAGUUUGGAAAACAUUUAUAAAGAGCUGUCUACAGACAUAGAUGGUUUUGUUCAUCCUGGCCAUGGAGAUUUAUCUGGGUGGGCCAAGCAAGAAGCGCCACCACGUGCUGCAGACCGCCCAUCCCUCCCCAUUGUCGGUGUACAGAGGGUUCUUUGGGUGCAGACAUUUCUCCAAAACCAACGAGCUGCUGCAAAAGUCUGGCAAGGAGCCCAUCAACUGGAAGGAUCUGUGACCCUGAACUGGGGGAGGGGACGGGGGAUGCGGGAGGGGGUCCUCCGGGCAGUUUCUAGAAGUAUCUGUCAGUGACGAAGUCGAAUUGAGAAAAUAACUUCCCUAGUGAUCCUUAAGCACCAUGCGCACCAGGGAGAACGUUUCUGUAAAGGGGCCGUGUGCCAGGCUGCCCAGGAGCGGCAGCGUUACCCAGCAGAGACUGUACCCGGUGACCCCGGGUCUGUCUCAGGAACUUGGCUUUGGCUUAAGAAGACACGUCAAAGUUUUGGGAAAGGAGAAGUCAAAUUCUCCAGACUCUCCUCCCCUCUGUUUCCUUUAUGGUUGAAGAUGGGGAGAUAAGCACCUUUUUAGUAUCUCAGUUAGCUGCUGCUCGCUUUUACCUGUAGGCUAAACGUUAGGUUAUAAGGUGUCGGGUGUUUUUAUAUAGAAAGGCCCCCUUCGCACAUGGGCCAGGUCCACUGCCCUUUGAUCCUUUACAGAGCCCUCAGGCCCCUCCUGGAAGGAAAUGGGAUUUUUUAUUUUUUUAUUUUUGCCAGUUCCCAGAAAUUAGGGGUCAGUUUCCUGAUUGUAGCAGAGGAGAAAAUUCCUAAGGAACAAUUCCUGCCGUGAGCCUUCGGACUGGCAGAGGCCAGGAGAAGUGGGCCGGGCCUGGUUUAUAUUGUUCUCCGGGUGUUUCUAGGAAUAAGCAGUGGAAGUUGAACAGGAAGGAGAAAGGGGUUUGGUUUGGUUUGGUGUUUUUUUAAGAAGGGAAAUGGUUUUCUCCCAUGUGUAUCUUGAACUGGGAGAAAAGGCAGCAUAUAGUGCCAAAUGCUGUUUUUUUCUGGACUGAAAUCACGUUGGGAUCCCAUUUUCUGCAACACUGGAGAAUUUCGCUCUUUUAAAAAAUACUUAAAUGCCCGGCCGACGUGGCUCAGGGAUCGAGGGUCGACCUAUGAACCAGGGUGUCACAGUUCGAUUUCUAUGUGGAUGUUUUGUAUUUUUUUACUCCUUUGUUUAAGAGACCAUCUUUAUUAGGGCUGAGCCUCCACCAAGGUCCUGUUAGAGAUGCUGUUAGUUGGGCUCAAAGUUAAACCUGCUUAGAGUUUGGUAAUAAAAGGUUGCUGAAGUUUCA